GCUUCGGUCUGAGAGGUGCCAGGAGGAUCUGAGGGAGAGGCCGGGGGCGUGCACAUGUUUUACCUUCCUUUAUGCUGGGGCCGACCUGGGACCGCCGGGGACCGCGCCAGGAAAAUUAACGGAUGCUGCAGAUCUCUCCACGGCGACCACCCGCCGCCGCCCUGGACACGGCAACGCACAGCAACACAACCUCCGCCGCUACUUACGGUGCGCCCGAGCACGCAUAGACACGCCGCCGUUGCCAUCGCGUGUCCUGCCAUUGCCCUGCCGCGCCCAGCACUUGUGCGUGCCGUCGAGGCUGCCCUCGCCCGCGCUCACCGCCCCCGUCGCUCCAGUUGCCAUGACGAAGACUUCGCCAUCGCCGGCCAUUCCGUCAUGGUACCGCAUCAUCUACCUCUACAUCGAGCCCAUCUCGACCUUUGUCGGGGCCGUCUACGCCCACCACUUCCAGUCCACGUAUUUGCAACUGCAGCACGCCGACUCCGCGCCCCUUGAGCCCCUCCCCCUGGGCACGUCCAUCGUACUGACGCAGCUGGCCAACCUGUACCUGCUGCUCUGCAUCAACGAGGCCCUGGUGCUGCGCGCUACCACGGAUCUCAAGGUCUGGAAGACGUUUCUAUUUGGCCUCCUUGUAGCUGAUUUUGGCCACUUGUAUUCCGUGCACCAGGUCGGCAGUUGGGUCUACUGGCGCUUCUGGGACUGGAACGCCAUCGACAUCGGUAACGUGCCCUUUGUGUACCUCCUAGCCCUCUCGCGGGUGCUCUUCAUCUUCGAAGUGGGCUUCGGUGGAACGAGUGUGGACGGCAAAAAGAACGCAUGAAAGCCGUCGAGUCGUACCCAUGACCAUGCUGAAACUCUAAAACUCUAAAUAAACAAACAAUCUUAGCAUG